UUCUCCUUUCUCACCCUCCUCUUAUAUAUCUCCCCUCUCCCUUCCUCACACUUUCACUAAGAAAUUGAGGCCCCAUCACAUCCUUCUUUCUCAACAUACAUUCUUCAUCUUCAUUAUAACUACCUCUCGCUCUCUUACUCCUUAAGCUAAACCAACCCAUCAAUCUUCAAAUGAAGUUUUGGUGUUUCUGAACCUUCACAUUCAAACAUCUUCACUUCUUUGAAACACCCCUUCGGCUUAGUUCUUGAAAAUUUGGAAUUCUAGUUCAAGCAUUUUGCUGUUCCUUAUUUCUAAAUGGAGAAGAGGAAGAGUAUGAUGGGUGAUUGGGACCAAAAGGUUCUAACCAGCGAGUUAACUCAGGGUAAGGAGCUGGCAGAGCAGCUCAUGAACCAUCUUCUCAACCCAUCAUCAUCCCAAGAAGAAAAUAACUUGAUUGUUUCAAUGCUACUAUCUUCAUAUGAAAAGGCACUCUCUGUGCUCACAAGGGAUGUUGGUUUUGAAGGAGAGUCUAAGCAAAUCCAAGCGCUUGACUCACCUUGUUCAUUUGGGAAUAGCAGUAGCCCAUUGAGUGAGAUCUCUGACCAAGACUGCAAGAACAAGAGUGUCUUCAAGAAAAGGAAAACAAUGUCCAAGUGGACUCAAGAAGUGAAGGUUUGCUCUGGUUCAGGACAAGAUGGAACUCUUGGUGAUGGCUAUAGUUGGAGAAAGUAUGGCCAAAAGGAUAUACUUGGUUCUAAAAACCCAAGAGGCUACUAUAGAUGCACACAUAAGAACACACAAGGUUGCCCAGCUACAAAGCAAGUUCAAAAAUCAGAUAAAGACCCAACAAUCUUUCUGGUACACUACACAGGAGAACAUACUUGUCACCUAUUCCCUCAGUUAAAAGGAAAGCAGAAUGUUUCUCUUAAACAAGAAGCAGGAACACCAAAACAGACACCAGAGAAAUCGUUCAGCUUCGGCCUUAGAGUUAAAACUGAGAAUUUAGACACUACGGAAGAAGAAAAAAAGAUACUUCAACCAUUUUCCGUCCCUUCCACGCCAAUAGGGUCCGAAAGCAAUGUGGUGGGAGAACAUGUUUUCGCUGCAAUGGAGAACGAUUUCAUCAGAAGCUAUUCUCCUACAUUCGGGUUCCCAGCAACAUUCGAAUCAGACUACUUCGCGGCAGUGUCAGCAUGCCACUUUGAACUAGUGGGCAAUGAUGUGCAGACUUCGGAAUCUGAUCUCACUCAUGAGAUACUAUCGGCCUCAACUUCUGCGGUAAACUCACCAAUUGGGGAUUUUGGUUUUUCGCUGGACGAUUUGGAUUUGGAUUUGGAUUUUUACUCAUUUCAGUCAUUUGAAAACAACCCUGGAUGCAAUUUUUCCUAGGAUUAAUGUUCAUCACAUGUAAAGAGAAAAAAAAAAUAGGAAGGAAAUGGUGCAACCAUAGGGAGCUUUUCACUGCCUAGCUAGGUAGUUAAGUUCUUAGAAGUAAUGUAUAAGAAUAUAAGAUGUACUAUUUAUGAGUGUGUCUUUAACUUUUCUUUA